AUGCCCACUAGCGACGACCUCGUGACGUCGGUGGGCCUCCACACGGACGACAUUCUCACAGCCAUUGUCCAAUGCAUUGCUGCGCCGCACGAGGUUCCACUCUUGGAUGUGCUUUCGACGCUGCCAGCACUGGACGACCUUGAGCUGUCGCGUUGCUGCUUUGAUCCGACGCGCCCGCGACCAUUGUUCCCGAAGCCGCUGCCACGCGGACAUUUCUCCGACAUGGCGUGGCCAGGCGAUGCGUGGUCGGUGCUGGGCGUUGCCUUGGCGAGCGCACACGGCCUCAACGAGCUCUCGUGGCACUCUUGUUGCUCGAGCACGACGGCGCUGAUGGCGACGAUAACGGGGACGAUACCCAACUGGAUUGAGCGUGGCGCCAACAGCAUUUCGUUCACGAGUGGAGACAAGACGUGGGUGCUCGUGAGCUGGCGGCCGCGCUUCCUCGAAUGA